CUUUUUUUUAGAAACAUGAAAAUAAAAUACAUUGUGUAUAAUAACUAAUUAUUAAUAGAGCUGAUGUCUGAAGGGAGGCACAGCACUGUAUAUUCGCUGCACUUCAACACUGCAUUGGAGUUGGGCUGCUGCUGGGAUUGGGCCUGCAUAUUAAAGAAGACGGCGACGUAUUGGAGUGGGGGUCUCAUCUCACACAGCAAUUUGGCAGAAAAGAAACUUACCCUCGAGCUAGGGCUUGGGCGAAGCGGAAAACGAAAGAGAGUGGAGCUCUAAGGCUCGUGCCACUUAACCGGGACUGCACGUGAUCGGAGGAGCUCGAACCGGCUAGGAGUGGAGGCCGUCCUAUAGGAGUUGAUACAGAUAUAUGAUUAAGUGAAAGCAGAGAAAUUCUCUUGGCAGAAUAAUAAAUUAUGUUUGGAAGUAUGAGGGUGUAGCCCUUUGAUUUUAGAUGACCAGCAAUUGUGUGUUUGGGGAAGGAAAUUAAGGCGAUGAUGUUUGGUUCAGUCCAUGGUAUCGAAGGGUUUUAGAUAGGAUACACUCGUUGGGUGAUUAAUAAGGGAUUAAUGUCUAUGGCGGCGGUGGUGGAGGCGAGGAAGGCCCCGCGGCCGGGAAAGGGCGGUUACGAAGCGCACGGCCUGAGCGAGGAAGAAGCGCGUGUUCGAGCAAUCGCUGAGAUCGUGAACUCCAUGGUAGACCUCUCCCACAAGGGCCAGAACGUGGACCUCAACGCCGUAAAGUCUGCAGCGUGCCGCAAGUACGGCCUCGCACGCGCGCCUAAGCUCGUGGAGAUGAUAGCCGCGCUCCCCGAUGCGGAGCGCGAAACUCUCCUCCCCAAGCUCCGUGCCAAACCCGUCCGCACCGCCUCCGGAAUCGCCGUAGUUGCCGUCAUGUCCAAACCGCACCGCUGCCCGCACAUCGCCACCACCGGGAACAUCUGCGUUUACUGCCCUGGCGGUCCCGACUCCGACUUCGAGUACAGUACUCAGUCCUACACCGGUUACGAACCAACCAGCAUGCGCGCGAUUCGUGCGAGGUAUAAUCCAUAUGUUCAGGCAAGGAGUAGGAUAGAUCAGCUUAAGCGUUUGGGUCAUAGCGUAGACAAGGUUGAGUUUAUCUUAAUGGGUGGUACCUUCAUGUCUCUUCCAGCUGAUUACCGUGAUUACUUUAUAAGAAAUCUUCACGAUGCUUUGUCUGGGCAUACUUCAGUCAAUGUGGAAGAGGCAGUAGCUUACUCUGAGCAUGGAGCAACCAAAUGUAUUGGCAUGACAAUUGAAACGAGGCCAGAUUAUUGUCUUGGGCCUCACUUGCGCCAAAUGCUUUCUUAUGGUUGUACACGAUUGGAGAUUGGAGUCCAAAGCACCUAUGAGGAUGUUGCCCGAGACACAAACAGAGGACACACUGUAGCUGCUGUAGCUGAUUGCUUUUCCUUGGCUAAAGAUGCUGGUUUCAAGGUUGUUGCUCACAUGAUGCCUGAUCUUCCAAAUGUUGGUGUUGAGAGGGACAUGGAAAGUUUUCGGGAGUUUUUUGAGAGCCCCUUGUUUAGAGCAGAUGGGCUUAAAAUAUAUCCUACACUUGUAAUUCGUGGAACAGGGCUUUAUGAGCUCUGGAAAACUGGCAGGUAUAGAAAUUAUCCACCAGAGCAACUUGUGGACAUCAUAGCAAGGAUCCUUGCAAUGGUACCACCAUGGACACGUGUUUAUAGAGUUCAGCGGGAUAUUCCUAUGCCUUUGGUUACCUCCGGGGUUGAGAAAGGGAAUUUGAGGGAGCUAGCAUUAGCUCGAAUGGAAGACUUGGGAUUGAAAUGUCGUGAUGUUCGGACCAGGGAAGCUGGAAUCCAGGAUAUUCACCACCAAAUUAGGCCAGAGGAGGUGGAGCUUGUUCGGCGUGAUUAUAUGGCAAAUGAGGGUUGGGAAACAUUUCUAUCAUAUGAAGAUACACGACAAGAUAUCCUUGUUGGUUUGUUGCGUCUGCGAAAAUGUGGCCGCAAUACUACAUGUCCAGAGCUUAUGGGGAAGUGUUCAAUUGUUCGUGAACUCCAUGUUUAUGGGACUGCCGUACCAGUUCAUGGACGGGAUGCUGACAAGCUACAACACCAGGGUUAUGGUACACUUUUAAUGGAGGAGGCAGAGCGUAUUGCUUGCAGAGAACACAGAUCAACAAAAAUAGCUGUAAUUUCAGGGGUGGGCACACGCCAUUAUUACAGGAAACUGGGAUAUGAGCUUGAAGGACCUUACAUGGUGAAAUAUUUAGCGAAAUAACACACUAGUUAAUUCUUAUGUAAUUUUGUAGCAUAAGUUAAUUAUAUGUUUCAUUUGCCAAUCAAAAGACAUUCAUUUGUGCAGAGGUUCCCUAACGCCCCCUCCCCCCAAUUCUCUCUCGGCUAGGUUUCUUGAGAUUUAUUCAAUAUCUUUAUUAUACGUAUCUUUUGAAGUUGGUAUUCA